AUGCGUUUACAUUUAAAAGAAAAAGAAAAGAAAUCAUAUGCAUGGUGAGAAUGGGAGGGAUAGAGUACAUAGACACGGUGGUGGUGCCGAUGAGCGUGUUCUUGGCGGUGGGAUAUCAUGUCUUCCUUUGGCACUCCUUCAGAAAAAACCCUUCUCGCACUUCCCUCGGCAUCCAUUCUCUCCAACGCUCCUCUUGGCUCCGCGACAUCAAACAGGGAGACGGCAAGACGGGGAUGCUGGCGGUUCAGAGCCUGAGGAACACGAAAAUGGUGGCAAUCCUCACAGCCACCAUAGCGAUACUCGUCUACCUCUCUCUGGCGGCAGCAACCAACAACUCGUUCAUGGGGAGCCACCUCUUCGGCAGCCAGGUCUUGUCUGGGUCCCACAAAGAUACGAUAUUCGUGGUAAAGUACGGAGCGGCGGCGGUGGUAAUGGGGGCGAGCUUCUUCUGCAGCUCGAUGGGUGUUGGCUAUUUGGUCGAUGCCAUUUUCCUCAUAAAUGCCAUGGACAUGGACAUGGACAUGGACAUGGACAUGGACAUGGAGAAUGCGAGGAUGGUGAUGGAGAGAGGGUUUCUCAUGUCCACUCUGGGAAGCAGAGUUAUGUGCAUUGGCAUUCCUCUUCUGCUUUGGCUGUUUGGUCCUCUCCCUGUCGCCGCCUCCUCCUUAACCCUCGUCUUCCUUCUCUAUCACUUUGAUUUCCCUCCCCUCUCCUAGUUCCAAUGAUGUUUAUAUAUAUUUGGUACUUGAUAAUGUUCAAUAUGAGUCCUCCUUCUUCUUCUUUUAUA